AUGGCGGAUAAGUGGGUGGGGGAUGUGGAGGCGGGCGGAGGGGAGGAGAAGGGAGGGGAGAGGGAAGGGAGGGCGGGAGGAGGACUGGGGGGGAUCGAGGAGGAAAGAGAGACCAGUAACGAGGAGAAUGUGUGUCCAAGGAGGGGCUCAGCUGGAAAAGAGGUUCCAGGAGAAAAGGGAGCAACAGCAGGGGAAGGGAUGAGUGAGGAGAGUGCAGCUGGGGGCAGUGGGGAAAAGAACCCAAACCCAGAACUUGGAAGGGGAGGGUCGGGGGAAGAAAGGACAGGAGAGUCUGAGCAAGGGAAAGUGACAGGAGAGGAAGCUUCCCAGGAGUUUCUGGUCCCGUGGCACCUGCCAUGUCAUCGAGUGGAGAUAGGCUCGGCAGCAGCUGCACAGCAUGUAGCCUCGGGAUUUGCUCGGCGCGAUGAAGCGAAGGGGUCGGUGGUGUACAACCGAUAUUAUUAUGUUUUCACUCAAGGAGAGCUGGAGAGGCUCAUCACAGAGAUUGGUGGUGCAUCAAUUGUUGAGAGCUUUUACGACAAAUCCAAUUGGUGUGUGAUAAUGGAGAAGCUCUAG